UCCGAGACCGAGAGUCAGGCGUUAGCGAUACUCGAUCGCGAGCCACGGCAAGGUGUAACGCGGGACGAGCAGCAACACGCCGUUGCUGGUGACGGUGACAGUGGCAGUGAUAGUGACAGUAACAAUUCCAGUAACGCCGAACAGUAACAGUAACAGUAACAGUAACAGUAACAGGAGAGGCGGUAACAGCGGCACUAACAGCGACAGUGACGGUUGCAAACGUUGCAGCUCGCACGCACGCACGCAAGCACGCACGAAUGCCGAAGCUCGAAUUACGUCCGACUCGUAUCGAUUGCGCGUAUUCAUUCAUUCUUUCCCCGUUUGCCAGGAAUAUUAUAUCAUAUCGCACGGCGCGUUGCAUUCCGAGCGUGACGUCGCGUUAAACGGAUAGUUCCGCGAGACGCAACGGCCGUGAACUCGGCAGAUCGGAAUCGCAGCCGGAAAUCGGUUGGAACUCGUCCGAAAAAAGAACAGGAGGAAAAUUAUAGCCGCGAGCCUCUAUCGCCGCGAGGAGAUUAGCCGGGAACAAAGAACAGUUGGAUUCCUGUUGCAUUUUCUUACAGCAAAGAAACUACAGUGGGCGCAAUUAUGCCGUAGCCCUGUUAAUCAGCGUGCAUCAAAAUUAGCCCAGUUAUAGUACAACGACCGUUCUCUGCCGGUAACAUUUCUGCGAAACAAACAACGCUGUUUACAGGAGAGCCCGAAGGGAUCCUGCGUGUCGUCUUUCGAUUGACAGUUAACUGAAUAUCUACCCUUCGAGAUCUUCGCCGAGGAGGAAACAUGGAGAAGAAGAAGAGCAUGGUGGCGUUGCUGGGGCUGAUCCUGUUCUUGAAAUCGUCGAACGUCGAGAGCGGCGUCGACGGGCACUCGUACCCGAGAUACUCGCAUCAUCGGCAGAAGAGAUUCUUUUGGGUAACUAACGACGGUCGGAUCGCUUUACCGCCGGGCACGAUAAUGACCAUCACUCCGACGCUGGCACUGCCAUUCGUUCGGUACCCGCCCUAUGGUUUCCUCAGCAAUAUGACCAUCAGUCUUCCUUUUACCAUCGAUUUCGACAAGCUCGGCUUGACCGACAACGAGAACCCUUACGGCGUCCUGCCGUCCGCGUUCGACGCCACCGCGAGGGAGCAAGGUUCAACCACAGCGGAAUUCAUCGCGGCAUUCGUGAAGCGUGGACUCAGCAAAAGAGAAGCCAUCACAGAUUUACCGAAAAACGCAUUUUACGGCGGUGAAAGGGCUCUUCUGUACAGCACCGCGGAGGACAUGAUCGCAAACUUUGGCCUGAACGGGAAGGCGUGCCUGCUGAGAGCGAUCUGCGAGAUUCAGGGACAUCCCCUGAGCAACUUCGGCUUAAUCGGCGAGAUGCUCAAGCUUUUCUUCACUGCAAGCAAAUCACCGUUCGCGAAUAUUCUAACGGACUACGUGGAGGCAGAGAACAGGGGGAAGUUUCACGGGGAAUGCUGGCCCUAUUUCAAAGACUGCCCAAAGUCACUGUUCCGUUCGUCGGAGAACAGAUACACGAAAGGAUCGCUUCAUGAGAAUACCGACACCGAAAGGAACGAGGUGGACCAGGACAGCAAAGAGGAAUACGUCUCCCCGAUCGAGUCGAUGAAACAAUCGCAGGAGAAAAUUCAAUUGUACACGAAACGCAUGUUACACACGGCAAUGUGAGCGCGUCACACUCGAGCUUCUUACAUUCCAUGGUAAAACGGGGAAACGAUGCAAGUGCGUUAGUCCUGUUUCAGAGACCAAAUCCGUGCGCACAUCGUGUACACUGCCAGUAAAUAUUUAGACAUUGAAAAGUUAACGAUUCCUUUCAAUUGUCUCGUGAAAGUCAUUUGGCGAGCGAAUUCUCAAAAUUAAUGAAAAUAUUCUAAUGAUCGAUGAGUCAAUUAAUUCUCAACUAUAUGGCAAUGUUCUCUAAUUACCAAACCAUUUGACGACAUAUUUCACGCUACACACCGUCUAAUGAGCCGUCAAUGGUACACGCUAAUAUCUUACUGUGAGCCACCGGUGGUACACGCAGUGAACGUGUUAACCCUUUGCACCCCAAAAAUUAUGGAGUAUAAUAUUUAAAUCUCGCGUGAUGCAUUAACAUGUGAAAUAUUCAAAUAAAACAUCUUUCUAAUUUGUAUACGAUUUCUCGCGAAGCCAGUUUCAAGAAAUGUUAACUACGUUCCAUCGGAAAGUGUUGGGUAUUUUUGGUAGAGAACUUUUGAGUUUUCAAACAAUUUUUCUAAUUCACAUCUGCGAACGCAGGGAAUCGUUUUUCUUCGUACUCAGUUUCGUAGACUGAAGUUUGCCCUUUGCAAUGACCCCUCGAACCAUGUGCGAUUUCCUCGAAAAAGUUACAACAGUUCGGAAGGUCGUUAGCUUAUCAUACAAUACUCGAAUACUUUUGGCUGGCAGUGUACGUAGGUAUUUAUAUGUUUACGUAGUCUAGUGUAUCUACCAUGUUUUAUUGACCUAAGUUGCUCAAUGUUACGCGCGAGUACGUGAGCCGCUGUCUCCACUCCCUCCCUCUCCGCCCCUGUUUCGCCAUAUUAUUUUCUAGUAAUUUAUUCUACAACAAUAAUAAGAAGAAAUACCCUUUAACCGUGACACGUUGACCCUUCGCGCUCCAGAGGCGCCUCUAGGUCACUAGAUUCGACAGAACUGUAAACUUUGAUAUUCAACACGUUGAACGCCGCGCGAUUAUAUAAAGCAAAUUACACAGAAUGGAAAAAACAUGAUAUCGAAUCGUUUCAUUGAAUUGCAUUAUUAUUAUCGCACGUUCUAGUUGAACGUCACGAAAUUAGGUAGCAGUAUUUGUAAUAUGGAAAUGUUUAAUAAUCGUCGUUUCAUUGAGCGAACUAUAGUAAUUUAAUUUGGUUGGGGUCUCCGGUGACCCCCGCGGCAUUUAACGUGUUGAUGUUAACACUAGAUUUACGGACGUUUAUUCUAAACUUUAUUGUUUCUAGAAAACUACGGGUUCGUCUAUAUAAAUCGAGAGAAUAACUUCAGAACCAGACUAUUACUAAAUGAAUAAUUAAAAAAU